AUGACGUGCGCUGGCUACCUAGUUGUGAACAACACUCAUCUUGCGUACGUGGAGAUCUUUACGGGUCUCUUAGUAUGUUUCUUGGACUUGGAAUCCUUUAUGGAUCCUGAUGAUGUGUCAAACCAAGCGCCGGUGCCGCUGGAGACACGGCGUAUGAUGAAAGUGGAAGCUCACACGUCAUCUUGUAAGAUUGACGACCAGCUUCAGCAACCUGAGAGUGAGAUUGAGCCUCAAGACAGUUGUAAACGCCAGCGAUUAUUACAACUUAGUGGCUACAGGAUUGAGGUAGUAGACCAGGAUGUGGAGCUAGACGUGCCCUCGCUACCUUGUUCAUUUCAAGUGAACACGUACAAAGUGCAUUUGCGACCAGAUGGAAGUUUUAUUAGUACGCUAAGUGACUCACUUAUUCUCACUGCUACAAAUCACGAGACGAAACAGACUUGGGUGAAAAAUAUCAAGUUUUGGAAUCGAUUUGGUUGGCGAGAGACUACACAGGUGGCUGCCACACACCGUGAUCUAGUUCAGCUCCAAGAAAAGCUGGAGACUUACAACAAUGUUACGUUUGCAGGCGCGUAUUUAAACUACAGCAAUGAUGCGACUCCUUCUUGCGAACGGAAUAUUGCCGUAAUGACGUAUGGUGGCUGUAGUAGCAUAACCACCCAAUCGGCGUACGCUACGAAGCGUCAAACGCGACGACGUUUCUACCGCGCACCCGCUCCUGGCGCAUUUGUUCAUUGUUGUGAAAAUCCUAUUAAAGGGAGUUAG